AUGUCGAACCCUUAUCUCCACGACGACCAAGGACCCGUCUCCCAGAACCAACCAACCUCUGGCGGCCUCCAAUAUCAAUACAACGGUACACCCAACAGCGGCACCAACCAUCUCACACCCUUCUCACCCCACUUGCUGAGCAACUCAGCUUCUCCCACGCACCAUAACACCAACACGCCCGCCGAGUCCAUCUCCAACUACAGCCAAUAUCACACGAGCGAAUACAGCGAUAUGGACGAUACAGACCCUUUCUACGGUGUCGAUUUCAACAGCACCGAGGGUGGGACGCCGUCAUUCCUGGACGAGAACCUGCUGCCUCUGAGCAGAACUAGCAGCUUCGGCACCACACCUGCGUCUCAGUCCUUCGACGUCACCCGCCCCCGCAAGACUUCUGAUCUGGGCGUAUACCCCUUCAGCCCCGAACAGACUGCGUCUAUGCAUACGCCUUCGCCCGCCAGCGAUCAGAGGGCCUUCGCAGUGCAGCAGGUUGACGGCCCCCCCACCUCUGUCUCGCCCCGCGACCUCCAGAAGCCCUUCGCGGCCCCGCCCGUCCCGACUUUCGUGUCAGCGCCGGUAUUCCAGCUCACUCCCGAUCCGAGCCGGAGCGGUCGUUCGAGCGAAGAGGACCUUGUGUCUCGUCACCCCGUUACGACCGCUCAGAGCCCACGCGUUACUGUUUCGCUCUGGGGAAGGGACGAUGAUCAGCCUAUCGUGCCCCUCGAGCGUACCUUCACCCCCGACGAUGACGAUCCGGUCACUGUUCGUGGCUCAUUUUCCGCUGCCGGCGACAUGAUGUACGCUGGAGAUCAGGUCACGUCCAUGCCUCCCCCGCCUCACCCCAAGGAUGAGUCUAGCAUUCGCCGCCGACUCUCGUCCUCCAGUCGUCGCGGGCUGGAACCAGGCAGCCGGACGACGGCCGAGACGGAAAGCCCCAAUGAAAUGGUCACGCGUCGUGAGAUUGAGGAGAAGAAUGUCGAGGUUGGCAAGUGGCUCACCGGUAACGUUGUGGAAAACCCUCCCGCGGAGCAAUCUUCAUCGUCCAUUGCCCAGCUCGACAAGGCGGACCCCAACAGACAGGACGACGAAAAGAUUCCUCUGGGCGACCAAACCGAGAACAAGUAUCUGUCAAAUCAGGUCUACUUUCAUCCUGGAGGCGGCGAAAUGACCCAGACAGACCUCGACAUCUUACACGCCAACAGCAAGUGGGGCGACGCGCCCAUGUCACAUCCCAUCAGUAGUCAGGGCGAGCGCUUCCAGCCCGAGUCCUCCCAAGCAGCCAUUGCACGAUACAACAAGAUGUGGGACAACGAGUCGAUCGUUUCCAAGGCUGCGACGUGGGGUACGCGCCGGCGUAGUCUCCCGAGCUUGCUCGACGUCGACAUUGAAAGCGUCACGAGUGGCAAGCUUCUCAAGAAGCUCAGCAUUGCUCGUGGUGAGGGCACUCGCCCUGACCGAGGCGUGCGGCGGCCUAGUCUGCUGCAAGACUUGCGAGGCCUCGUCAGGCGGCCCAGCGGCAGCGGACUUCUCAAGCGAUCCAGGAGCAACAACGGAGAGGAGAGCCCUCAGCCGGCUGGUAGCCAGAGCCCCGAACGGCGUGACAGCUCACCGCACCUGGCACCGCCGGCACGCACCUCAAGCUGGGGUAACAAAAAGGGCCCAGUCCCCAGCAUCAACACUGCUCUCGUGUCGAUGGGCAAUAGUGUCGCAUCAAUCGGCACGACCCACGCCCGGAACAGCUCCAUCAGCGCGACGUCCAUCACCUCGCCCAGGAGCCCUUUCAACAACACUUUGCAAGUGAAGAACACCCUCCGGCGUCCGAGGAGCAAGUCCGAUCUUCCAAAACCCAGUCCCAGCAACGAGACGCAUUCCAAUUUGGUUGGUAUGUGGCGGAAGACUGGCGGUCCACCCGUUGCGACCUUGGCCACGAGCACCAACGUAGACGUCGAGGAUGAGGACGAGGACGAGGACGACGGCGAUGACGGCGACAUGAAGAUCGAACCGAACAGAACUAUCAGUGACAUCACGCCCACGUUUGCCGGAUUCCAGCAGCACAUCCUACGUCUAAACCCAGGCCUGGAGACGAGUGGCAACUAUCUGGUGGAUCGUAUCGCCCACCAACAGAUCAUCCGCUACAAGCAACUGCUCAACUUCAAGAAGAAACACUUGCAGGCCGGUGCCGACUGCUCAUGCGGACCUCUUUGUGUGGCUCUGGGUGGGAGUGCCACGAUUCUUGAUCAGAAAGGCGCCCCCAAGAGCCUGGACCCGUUGUCGGCCAGCUGUGACAUUGAAGAUGGCAAUAUGACGCCGAUCGAAGGCGCCAUUACGCAAGACAGCUUCCCCACGGAUAUUCCAAUGCCACUCACCCCAAGUCUUCCGGCCGAAUUCGAAUGCCAACUCUGCUUCCAAGCAAAGAAGUUCAACAAGCCUUCUGACUGGACGAAGCAUGUUCACGAGGAUGUCCAGCCAUUCACGUGCACCUGGGAUCGAUGCCGGGAUCCAAAGAUUUUUAAGCGCAAGGCGGACUGGGUGCGCCACGAGAAUGAAGGCCACCGUCACCUCGAAUGGUGGACGUGUGACGUGGAGGACUGUACCCACACGUGCUACCGUCGCGACAACUUCCUGCAACAUUUGGUGCGCGAGCACAAGUUUGCCGAGCCCAAGUUCAAGAACAAGGCUGCAGUGAAGCAGCAGAGUUCUGACCCUACCUGGCAAAAGGUGGAGCAGUGCCAUCAAGACACGCCGGUGAAGCCUCAGGACGAGCCGUGCCGGUUCUGCGGAAAGUCAUUCCCCUCUUGGAAGAAGCUCACAGUCCAUCUCGCCAAGCACAUGGAGCAGAUCAGUCUCCCCAUCUUGCGUCUCGUGGCGGAGAGAGAACUCGAGCCAGAUACCAUCAUCAGUCCCGUCCAGGAUGCCCCGCCCCGCAAUGCUUUCAACACCGCCGUGCCUUUCAACGAGUCGAUCUCCAGCCGCACCGACUUGUCGUCCCAAUUUCGGUGCGGCCAGGCAACGUAUCCGCCUCCGGCUGGGCGCCCGUCCGGCCUGGUCACCGAUCCAAGGGCGUUCGGUAACAACAACGGCGUCCCGUUCGGAUACAUGGACAACAUGCAACAACAGUACGACGAUUCCCUGUUCUCGUCCACGUACGGCGAUAACGGCCAAGAGUUGCAUUCGUCUCCGCUUAUUGACCAAACGAAUGGACUGGGCUUCGGCCAUGCAGACUUUCAGAACAUGGCCUUGCCGACGAACGUGUACGGGGGAGGGCAAGGACAGUACAUGACAGUGCCGCCAAGCGGGGAGCCAUUCCCAGCGCUCGACACGGACGCCCUUGGCUUGCACCAGCCCGGUAUGGGACCAAUGUCAAUGGACAGUUCUCUGCAGUACGGCAUGUUGAUGGGACAAGGCCAGGGUCACGGCCACGGCCUCGGGCAAAUCCCAGCCCACCCAAACAUGGCGCAGUAUGCAGCGCAAGGCAGGACGUCGCCGUACUCGCGGUCACCGCACCAGGAGAUGAACGUCUUCUAUGCUCCCCAGUGA